AAAAUUUGUGGACUACAUUUAUGCUUGGCAGCCAUGAAGCAACGGAGAUAGCAUAUCUGAUAUUUUGUGUUUCUGUAGAUGUUUAUGAGAGGCUUAUUCAGAUUGGGAAGAAACCUGGGUUUUUUCAGUUGCUGGCUACACAAACUGUUAGUGCUGUUUGGCAUGGUCUGUAUCCUGGGUACAUCGUAUUCUUUGUUCAGUCAGCAUUGAUGAUUGCUGGCUCAAGAGUCAUUUACAGAUGGCAACAAGCACUGCCUCCAAAAAUGGCUCUUGUUAAGCAGAUAAUGGCAUUUCUCAACUUUAUUUACACAAUUUUGAUUCUGAACUAUUCCUGUGUUGGUUUCAUGGUAUUAAGCAUGCGGGAAACACUUGCCUCAUAUGGAAGCGUGUAUUAUAUAGGAACCAUUAUUCCCAUAGUGUUGAUCCUCCUGGGUUCCAUAAUCAAACCAGCGAGGCGACCCAGAUCGAAAGCUCGGAAAGAGCAGUGAGAAUAAGAUUGGAAAGAAACCACAUUUUCUUGCCUUUUAGGCUUGUAAUGAGAUUCGAAGAGCAGCAGAGCCUGCUUUCUGUUGUUACUGGAAGAGAUCUUUAACGCGUGUUUGAUCUCUGAAUUUGUCAAGUUUUAAUUUAAUCUUUGUUAACCACUUCACAAUACAAGAGAGGAAUGAAACUUGCUACUCUGAAAGUAGUAAAAAAAAAUGUCAUUAAAGGUUGAAACUUGAAAAUUGAAAAUGUUGUUA